GUCACUCAAAAUUUCGGGCCGAAAUUUAUAGAAUACAUUAUUAUAAGCAGAAAGAUGCUCAGUUCUUCACUCCUUAGUAGCCUAAGGGCAGCCCGCACUUCGGUUGUUGUAACCAGAAAUUUAGCAGCCGCGCAGAAGGCUACAGAUCCCAUACAACAACUUUUUCUAGACAAAAUUAGAGAAUACAAGCAAAAGAGUGCUGGUGGCAAAUUGGUUGAUCCAAGCCCAGCAAUCGAAAAGGAGCUCAAGACAGAACUUGAAAAACUGGAGAAAUUGUAUGGAGGUGGAUCGGGUGUUGAUAUGACCUCAUUCCCAACAUUCAAGUUUGAGGAGCCCAAGCUGGACCCCAUUGAUGAGGCUCAGCAAGUCAAGAAGAAGUGAAUAAACCAUAAAAUAGAUUAAUUAACACUUAACCUUUAAUUGUUGUAUGCAGUACUGGUGAAUAAAUUAUAUUAUUAGGC